CUGUUUAAAGUCAUUGUGCUCAACUAAAUGCAAGUAUUUUUUUCAACAGCCAUCGACUGUUAACUAUUAAAUUCAGUUCUUGACAAAAUUUGACUUUUUUAGCGAAAAGGACGGUGGUACACUUACUGUCUAAUGUCUACAAGUAAAUAUGUGAGAUGUUGAAUGCUGGUUGAUUAUUAAUGUCAGCAUCGUCAUAAUAAAAAUUUUCAUCGCUCGUUUAUUAAUUGAUUUCAUUUGGGGUAAGUUUUGAUAUAAGCAUAGGGACAAGAGAGCUUCGUGCAUGUCCGUAUGAUAGAAGAUUCUCGAAGUGCAAGGGCCUAAGUUCCGUCGAACGAAGUGUCUUUCCAAGCUCAAAAUUUCGCCAGUCUGAUCGGAUGAUACAUCCAAUUUCUUCCUUGCGCUUGAUGAUACUUCAUAUUGCAUGUGUGAUUGUGAACUUCACCUACAAACAUGACUAGCAACAAUCUUCACUAUGAUGAUGGUGAUCAGGGUUGUGGCUCCUCUAGAAUGCAGCUACAGCUAAAAAAUGAAGAACUCUGGGCAGAGAAUGCCCAGCUCCGUUCUGACAAUGAAGCUUUAAAAGCAAAAUAUUUUCAAGCUCUUCACACUUUAAUGGGGGACUUUUCAGGUCACAAUGACAGUGUGAUGAUGCUUUGCCAGUCUAUGUCAAGUGCCGGCUUGUUUGACAACAAACUUGGACUAGAGCAAUCUAACACCAUCCAGGACGUCAUGCAGCUAGAUUACUCAACGCUCUUUGAUGUCCUUAAUGAUAUGGAAAAGUCGUCGUCGCCCGACUCUUAUGAGUUGACUUCUCGUCCAGAGAUCUCAGCUCAGCAGGCAGCUGACUUGGAUGCUCCCAUGGAGUAUUCUAACGAGGCCACGGACGAUGAUCCUGUGAAUCAGAUGAAAUUUUAGCACCAAAGCACCAGGUUUACUGGCCCUGGAAGAAAUUGAGUUACAUCAAUUCCGUUCAAUCCUCACUAGUUGCAUUUCAUUCCAUCAGACUUAAAAGGCUUGAGCUUUGACCUUGAAUUUGGCUACAAUGUUAUCAUUGGCCAAUAUCAUGGUACAAAUUUUCGAAAAAAAAAAAGAAAAAAAGUGUAAUCCUUGUAUGGCUUACAGAAGUUCUUGAUUUUUUUGUUGGCUAGUUAAUUUCCCGGAGAGAAAUUUAGCAAUGAAUCAAUUUCACUUUUAAGAGACAUCAACCAUUCGCUACUAUGACAAUGCAUCUCUGUUUAAAUACCAACUUCCUGUUUAUUGCCACCUCACUUCUAUAACUGUAACUAAAUGCGUGCUUGAGCUAGCACCUCUGCAUUUAAUAAGUAAUGCAACAAGAAAAACAUGUUCGUAAAUUUGCAUCCAGUUCAAUAUGUCGUCAGUUAUAAGCGUGCUUGCAGUAUUUAAACCACUACAUAAAUGCCUCCUCAUCAGACGUAAAUGCAAUUGGUUAUUGUCUCUACAGAAUGUUGUUUUUUAUUGUUAUAACAGAGACUUAAAUUAUUUCUUUCAAAAUCUCUUUCAUCACAAAUGUUAGACAGUGGAUUGUAUGGAUUGCAAUUGAUGUUUCUAAGAAUCCUUGGACCAGGGACCUGGUGCGAAGGAUUGAAGAUAUAUUUGUAUUGUAACGGUUUAUGCCCUAAAACGUUACAGGCUCGUGGGCCCUCUGGAGAUAAAAGAACUAAGUGUUUUAUUCUUUUUAUCUGAUUUUUAUUUCUCUGCAUUUAUUUAAAUUCA